AUGUUGUCCAUAAGUAGAGAAACAAUUCUAACUCCAGGUAUUCUGUCCUGGACAUGUUUGCAGCAGGUGAGCGCAGGUGUUUCGCUCCACCAUGUCUUAUCACAUACUCCGUCCACCACACAGCUCGUUCUAAUGAUGUCUGAGGCUGAUCGUCAAUUAUCCUCUUCAUACUAUUUCGUUGAUAGCGUUUCUGAAUUUCUCUUCAUCAAUAGUCUCCAUAUCUACUUGUACACCAAUACCAUGGUGUCCAUACUGUUCUACGUUAUACCAUUGAUCACUGACCAUAGGUAUACCGAUCAAAGGUACUCCGCCAGCGAUGACUUCAUUAGUCGAUUGCAAACCGCCUUGACAUUUUGUUUGUCAGCUUUAAUUUUCUCCCAUGUACUCAAAGUGCCUGCGAUCCAGAUAAGCUCUUUGGGAACAGUACCUGAUGUUGCUAAUAUUGUUGGAGCACCAUCUCACCCCUUGCUGUAUCCCUAUCCAAUUUAUCAGAAAAUUUACAAUUUGACAAUUUGGGAUAAAUUACAGCAAUUGUAUAUUUAUUAUCAGUUCCAAAAAAUAGCUCAGGACUUUGAAACUGGUUCUGAUACGAUAGUGCAAAAAUUAAUUGGUGCAAAAAUACCUAAGCUCAGUGAGUUGAAGAAAAAUGUUGAGUUAGUGUUUUUAAAUGUUCAUUCAAUUUGGGAAAUGAAUCGUCCUAUGCCACCAAAUGUUAUAUACUUAGGAGGAUUGCACCAGCAACCUGAAAGGAAAUUACCAAAAGAUUUCCAAUCAUAUCUCGAUUCCUCUAAACACGGAGUUAUUUACGCGAGUUUUGGGACUAAUAUCGAUCCAACUUUGCUGCCUCCGCACAAAAUUCAGAUAUUAAUAAACGUCUUCUCCAAACUACCAUACGAUAUAUUAUGGAAAUGGAAUAAGGACGAAUUGCACGGGCUAAGUGAUAACAUCAAAAUUUCAAAAUGGUUGCCUCAAGCUGACUUAUUAAAGCAUCCUAAAAUCAAAGUGUUUAUCACUCAAGGCGGUUUGCAAUCGACUGAUGAAGCCAUCGCUGGCGGAGUACCUUUGAUCGGUAUACCUAUGGUCAGUGAUCAAUGGUAUAACGUAGAACAGUAUGUACACCAUGGUAUUGGUGUACGAGUAGAUAUGGAGACUAUUGAUGAAGAGAAAUUCAGAAACGCUAUCAACGAAAUACUAAACAACGACAGUUAUCGGCGAAAUAUUCUACGUAUAAAGAGGAUAAUUGACGAUCAGCCUCAGACAUCAUUAGAACGAGGUGUGUGGUGGACGGAGUAUGUGAUAAGACAUGGUGGAGCGAAACACCUGCGCUCACCUGCUGCAAACAUGUCGUGGACAGAAUACCUGGAGUUAGAAUUGUUUCUCUACUUAUGGACAACAUUAAUGAUACUAAUAGUAGGUUUAAUAUUCAUGGUGUAUACUUUAAUAGGGAGAAAAAAAAUGAACGGAAAAUUAAAAUCGAAUUAA